CUCCUCUCCAUCCUCUCCAUCCUCUUCAACUGUCCCAUCCCAUCUCUCACUCGUUACACUCUCUUUUUCUUUCAUCCUCCUCCUCCAUCCUCCAUCCUCCUCCUCUGAUCCUCCGACGCAAUACCCCCCAUUCAUACGACCUAGUAAACGCCAUUUGCUCAACGCGCGCCGCGCCCACGCCACCACAACCCCUGUCCUGCCCCGCAGCUCUACCCCGCGCAUCACUCUGCCAGCCACUCUACACUCGGACAUACGCGCUUUCUCCUCCUCUUUCUCGCGUCCACACUCCAACUCGCCAUCCAUCACAUCCCUCACCACACUAAUCCUCACCCACACCCUCACCCUCACCCUCACCUUCCACCUCUACAUCAUGGGCGGAUCAUUGAGCAAGACGUUCGGCAAGUUCCUCUUUGGCAACAAGGAGAUGCGCAUCUUGAUGUUGGGUCUUGAUGCUGCCGGAAAGACUACCAUCCUCUACAAGCUCAAGCUCAACCAGUCAGUGACCACCAUCCCAACCGUUGGUUUCAACGUUGAGACUGUCACAUACAAGAACGUCAAGUUCAACGUCUGGGAUGUCGGAGGUCAGGACAAGAUUCGUCCCCUCUGGAGGCACUACUACACCGGAACACAGGGCCUUAUCUUUGUUAUCGACUCGGCCGACCGGGAGCGUAUCGACGAGGCACGACUCGAGCUCGAGCGCAUUCUCGCCGACCGCGAGAUGAGGGACUGCCUGUUGAUGGUGUUUGCGAACAAGCAGGACAUUCAGGGUGCAAUGUCCCCGGCAGAGGUCACUGAGAAGCUGGGGCUGUUGAACAUGCGGGAACGUUCGUGGUAUGUCCACCCAAGCGUUGCGACGACUGGUGAGGGGCUUUUCGAGGGCUUGCAGUGGCUGUCGCAAAACGUCAAGGGAACCAAGGCUUGAGAGGUUUCCUCGAUAUUUUCUCUUCCUUGCCCCCCCUCGGUCGUCCCGGUUUGUGUCUCUCGCGCCCAUCUCGUGCUGCAUCGCUCCGCAUUGGCCUCCCGUGGUCCCAGAGUUAAUACGCCUUUCCAAUUCUAUGCAGUGUCGUCCCGACAACCAGUUACCCCCGCUUCUGCUCUCCUUCACGCCGCAGAGGCAGUUUUGGUCGCCGCCAGCUUCCUGUCUGUCGAGCAGUUGUGUAAUACCUUUUACGAAUGCAACUUUGAUGACAAUUUUCCAGAUGAC